UUGAAAACGCUACUUCCUGUGACGAUGCCCGUGGAGAGUCUGCCCGUCCGGGCUGUGCCUUUGCAUUUCCGUGUGCUCCAGCAGUACCUGGUCCUCCUGAAGAAAUACCCGAUCCUCACCAAAUCUGUGACCAGUGGCAUCCUUUCGGCUUUGGGAAACCUGCUGUCUCAGAUUUUGGAGGCGAGAAAAAAGGCAAAAAGAGGAAUCCAGGUUAAUGGGAUUGACGCCGCUGGAGCUGCGCGCUAUGCCGUUUACGGGCUGUUUAUCACAGGGCCAGUCAGUCACUUCUUCUACCAGCUGAUGGAAGCCUGGAUGCCCACCACAGACCCGCUCUGCGUGGUCAAACGACUGCUGCUGGAUAGACUGAUCUUUGCUCCUGGCUUUCUGCUCCUUUUCUACUUUGUCAUGAACAUCCUGGAGGUAGGUCUCCUCAGAAACUGUCCGAUUCCUCCCAUUAAGCUUAAACUGUCCUCAGGCCAAAGGUUGGGAGGAUUUCGAGAAGAAAAUGCGAACAAGUUACUGGACGGCUCUAAAGAUGAACUGGAAAGUCUGGACGCCCUUUCAGUUCAUAAAUAUCAACUUUGUGCCUGUUCAGUUUCGAGUUCUGUUCGCCAACAUGAUCGCCUUGUUUUGGUAUGCCUAUCUUGCAUCGGUGAGGAAAUGAUGCCGUCUGGAGCUGAGGGCCCUGGAGUCGUCGUUCAGAGGCGUCCUGGCGCCGUUGUCGUACAGCAGCCUCUGGCCCCGGGAGCUGUGUCCCAGCUUGGCCUGGAUCUGGCUCUUCAGGGAGCCCACCGUGUCGUGCGGCUGCACCGUGAAAGUGUGGGGCGUCCCGUUCAGCCCAACGACGAUUAUGUUCAUGAUGAGAGCGGUUCUGUAAUGAUAAGAUAG